AUGGCCAAAAUCAAGAAGAAGGGUGAGUCUGGUGCGGCGAAAAACUAUAUCACGCGCAAUCAAGCGCUGAAGAAGCUCCAGAUUACCCUGGCUGAGUUCCGUCGCCUGUGUAUUCUGAAGGGCAUCUACCCUCGUCAGCCACGACACAUCAAGCGGGCCAACAAAGGGUCAACAGCACCGACCACGUUUUACUAUGCGAAGGACAUUGCGUACCUGCAGCACGAGCCUGUUCUGCAAGCUUUCCGUGAACAUAAAGCGUUUGCCAAGAAGGUGAACCGUGCGAUUGCUCGUCGCGAGUGGUUUGCUGCGAAGAAUUUGGACGAGAACCGCCCCAAGUACCGUUUGGAUCACAUUAUCAAGGAGCGCUACCCCACGUUUGUGGACUCGCUGCGCGAUCUGGAUGACGCUCUUUCGAUGCUGUUUUUGUUCGCUAACAUUCCUUCGCAGAAGAGCAUUGCGCCGGAGAUCACUACACACUGCGCGCGCCUUUGUACAGAAUGGCAGCUCUAUGUGAUGCGCACACGUUGCCUGAGCAAGGUGUUCUUGAGCAUCAAGGGUAUUUACUUCCAGGCUGUUGUCCAUGGCCAAGAGAUUACGUGGCUUGUGCCGUAUAUGUUCACGCAGACCAUUCCUACAGACGUCGACUUCCGUGUUAUGAUGACGUUUUUGGAACUGUACCAAACAUUGAUGGGCUUUGUCCUUUUCAAGCUGUAUACCGAUGAAAACCUUGUGUACCCACCCAAGCUAGAUGAAGAGAUGGACAACCAAGGCGCUGGCUUUGGCUCGUUGGUGCUUUUGGCUGCCGAUGCGGAUGUACUCUCUGGCAAGAACAAUGUGGCCCCCAUGGAGGUGGCCGCCGAAGAGGCUUCGAGCAAUGCCGUCGUGCGCAAAGACGGUAAGAAGCUCUCUGCCCGCGAUGUCAAGCGCCAGAUCGCACGUCUGACGAAGGGCGAGGACUUGGCGAACACUGAUGAUGACGAUGAGGCGUUACCGACGCUGGAUACCUCCCACGACAACGACGAAGAACGCGGCGAGGCUUUUGUGGCGCACGUGUCGAAGCGUGCGGCCGAAGAAGGUGUGGGUGCUGAUGAAUUGACCACCCUCAACGACCUGCAACAGCAGGAAGGCGGCGACGAUACGCGAAAGCUGUUCAGCCGCUACGUGUUUUUCAUUUCGCGUGAAGUGCCUCGCGCUGUGUUUGAGUUUAUUCUGCGUUCGUUCGGUGCUCUUCCCUCCAACCUUGGCUGGGAUGCUGUGGCUGGUGCUGGCAGUCAGGUCGAUGUGGACGAUGAGCGAAUUACGCAUCACAUUAUGGACCGUCCUGUGGACGGCCAGCAACCCACGUACCCUGGCCACCGCGUAUAUGUGCAGCCGCAGUGGGUCGUCGACUGUAUCAAUGCGCGCAAGCUGCUACCGACGGAUCCCUACCGCCCUGGUCAAACACUGCCGCCGCAUCUGAGUCCGUUUGUAGACGACCGCGAGGUGGCCAUGCGGGGCGGGUAUGUGCCGGACGAGGCGAAAGAGAAGCUCGGUAUGGAGCAGGAGGCUAUGGACGAGGAAGAAAGUGAGGAGGAAGACGAGGAAGAAGACGAGGAAGAGGCGGAUAACGAGGAGGCCAGCGAACGUCCAGCGUUGCAAGCCUUGUUGGCCGACCCUACCGGUGCUGGUCUCCUGGAAGCGGCUGAGCUCGAGGCGGAAGCGGCUGGUGGCGAAGAUGCGCUGCUGGAUCUACGUAAGCAGCAUGCUACGGCCCUGAAAGCGUUCAAGAAGAAGAACAAGCGUGUGCCUGAACUCUCUGAGGAGGCCGAGGCUCGUGAUAUGGCCAAAAUGCUUCUGUCGAACAAGCAGCGUAAACUGUACAACCGCGUGGGCCAGACUGCGACGAAGAAGAAGGAAGAUAAGCUGCGUUUGGAAGCGAAGAAGCGUUUGCUUUCCAAGAAGGCGGCCAAGUAG